CCACUAUCAGCCAUCGAAGCAUAUUCUACUACUAGGAACAAAGUCGACAACUCCCCAUGUAAUCACAUAAUCAUUCAGAUAUCCCCAAGCCUAUCAAUCUUCUUCUCAUGUUUAUCUUUUCCGGGAUGUGUCGCAUGGGGAUAUUAAUAUGUCGUGCACGAAGGAGGGAGAUGGUCAUAUAGCCGGAUUUAUUGCAAGUGCAACCCCCCACUUACCCCUCCUAACCCGUGGUUGCAUGUCUACUCCGUACUCGCGGAGAACAUGAAGAAGGGAUGGAUAGUAUCUCAUUGAUAACGAGCUCGGGUUGAGCUAUCUUGGCCCAAAGAAAGUCGGGAGAAAUAUGGGUCUGAACGUUUAUCUUGAUACAUGCCGUGGAUGCUGCAAUGAGAUGCUACAAUAUCGUGAUCAAGAGUGUUAGUUCUCUCUCAGUGGAGUAGUUGUUUAUUUCGUUGGAUGGUACUAAUCUUUUUUGUUUUCAGCCUUUCCCGUGUUCCUUUUCAGUUGUCAUUCUUAUUGUUCAGAAGUUUGAGAAGGAAGCUCUGAAAAUUGCAAUCUUACUUCAUACAUCUAUAGAUUGACCGCAAACCGGUCAUUAGAAAACCAUGCCACCUUCUGCUGUUGCUGCGGAGACACAAGGUAUUGAUGUUACUUCAACUGUCAAGGUUCCAAUUUCAACAUCUACUGAAGUGCCAGCUCCAGUGACCAUCGACGUCAAAACAAAUAGUGAUGGGUUAGCUCAAAAUAUUUCCUCUUUACCAUUUCGACCUACGCCUCAGCCUGGUUUUGAAAUCGAAGAUCAUCCAGUAGACAUUGUCAAACCGCUAAAGGUUUGUAAUUGUCUUAAAUCUCCAUUUCUUCUCAGCGUACUAAAUAAUGGUUCGAUAGGUUGCGGUUAUUGGUGCUGGCCUUGCCGGGAUAAACGCAGGUAUCCUUCUGCCUGCGAAAGUACCAGGAAUUCAACUCACGAUAUUUGAGAAGAAUGCCGAUAUUGGAGGGACUUGGUUUGAGAAUAUCUACCCGGGGGUCCGUUGCGACAUUCCGGCGAAUGUAUACCAAUCAACAUUCGAGCCUAAUACACAAUGGUCCGAGGAGUAUGCGCAAGGAAAAGAAAUCAGAGAAUAUUGGCAGAAAGUGGCACGAAAGCACAACGUUUACGAUUACGCCAAAUUCAACCGCAAAAUCAUCGGUGCAGUCUGGAAUGAGGAGAAUGCACAAUGGACAUUGAGUGUUGAGAAUCUUGAGAAUGGAGAGAAGUCUGAAGAAAAUUUCGAUGUAGUGAUUACAGCAAUUGGUAGAUUCAACGAUUGGAGGCUACCAGAUUAUCCUGGUAUUCGCGAUUAUAAGGGCCAUCUACGCCAUUCAUCGAAUUGGGACCCGAAUUUUGAUCCUACUGGGAAAACCGUCGCAGUCAUUGGAAAUGGUGCUAGUGGAUUGCAAGUCGUUCCAAAUCUUCAAAAAGUGGUUAAACAUUUAGACCAUUAUGCACGCAGCAAGACCUGGAUUGCGGGAUCUUUUGGUGGUGAAGGAGAAGGUAGGACAUUGGAGCCAAAACACUUUCCUCAAGACCUCCUAAAUUCAUUCGAGGAUCCAGACACUUAUCACAGAUUUCGAAAAGAUCUCGAGGGUAAAUUCUAUCUUCGAUUUUCCACUUUAUUUAAAGGCACAGAGGACAACAAGAAGCUUGAAGAAGAAUUUCGAAGAUUGAUGGCAGAACGUUUGAAGAAGAAGCCAGAGUUAUUGGAUGAUAUUGUUCCGGAUUUCGCUCCAAAUUGUCGCCGUUUGACACCAGGGCCUGGUUAUCUAGAAGCUUUGACUGAAGAUAACGUCUCUUUCAUCCGGACUCCUAUCGAAAAAUUUACAGAAGAAGGAAUUGUUACGACUGAUGGCAUUGAACGAAAAGUCGAUGCAGUAAUAUGCUCCACAGGGGCAAACAUUGAUAUGAGACCGCCAUUUCCCAUUGUUGCCUUUGGUCACAAUUUGCGUGAUGCUUGGAAUCCUGAUCCUCUUACAUACCUUGGAGUCGCGUCGCCUUCCUUUCCCAACCUUCUCUUCGUCUCCGGGCCUAAUGCUCAUGGAACAAGUGGCACAGUUCCUAACCAAACAGAAACACAAAUAACUUACUUAGCAAAGUUAUUGCGAAAGAUUAGCCAGCAGAGUAUCAAAACUUUCGUUCCUUCCAAAGAGGCAACAAAUGAUUUUAUCGCUUAUAGUGAUGCUUUCUUUCCUAGAACAGUAUGGACAGACAAUUGCAAAUCUUGGGGAAACUCUGGCAGACCGGGAGGUAGAAUCCAUGGUCACUGGCCUGGAAGUGCAUCGCAUGUUAAUUUUAUAAGAAAAGAUCCCAGGUGGGAAGAUUGGGAAUAUACUUAUAAGUCGAAAACUGGGAAUCGUUUUGCAUAUUUAGGAAAUGGCUGGACGGUAAAAGAGACGAUUGCAAAUAGUGAUCUGACACCAUACCUCAAACGUCCAGAUCAGGUUGAUUUGAGAAGUUAUCAUGAAGAAUGGUUUGAAGGCAUAUAGAGUGAAUCAUAUCAAUUAGCUAUAUCUUUUCAAUAUAACACAAGUCUCAUAAUACCGACUUCGUGACGUAGAAAAGGCACGACAUGAAUG